UGGAGCCGCCAGUCUCCGGGAGUCCGGCAGAGUCGCUGUGAGGAGGAGAGAGCCACGCUGCGGGUCUGAACCGACGCUGCGUAAUCUGCGCCGCCCGGCGGAGGAUGACAAGCGGCCGGCCGCCGCGCGCACUUCUCCCCUUCAGGAGCCGCGGAUCAGCCCCGGGAGGACGCUGACACCCCCCCCCCCCCCCCCCUCCCCCGAAAAAAACUGAAGGAAUGCGCCGCUUCCCUGACGCGGUCCAGUGAAGUGACAUCAGGAGGAGGCGGAGGAGGAGGAGGAGGAGGAGGAGGAGGAGGUCAGGUCCGACGGUGGAGCCGCUGCCGCGAAGUUUACGCGCUGAAUUCGCAAUCAGUCCCCGUAACGAUGGCUUCUACGUGAAUGAAUGACGCCGCUUCACGGGAUCCGCUCGCAGCUUUACGCAAGGACCUGGAGGAAGGAGGAGGACUGAAUGUAAAAUACAUCUCAAAGGGAGAGUUUUUAUUCUUUUUUCAGGAGACGGUUAUUAAUCUGUGGAUGUGAGUGUUGCGCAUCACUUAAAAAAAAAAAAGAAAAAAGAAGAAGAAAAGAAGAAGGAGCAGACGAGCAGCCGCGCUGGAGGAAACAGGGGAGCCGGCACAUCCAGUUCAAUGAAGAGAAACAUGUGACGAGCCUUGGGAGCUUCGACCUGCAAGUUAGCCUUCAUCAGCAAAAAGGCAACGGUGUCCUUCUGUCCUCCCCGUGUCGAGCCUACCUGCUCCUGCUGCAGUUUUAUUGCAGGCCCGUCGAACAUGGAGGGCUGGCAGACCAGACGCAGAACUUUAUCAUCCGAGCCUAAAUUAGGAGCAAUGGUUGCUCUGCUAGGCUUUUGGCUCCUCGCGUUUCCUGCCUUGAGCAAUGGGCAGACUUUCACUAGUUUCCACCCUGAGCGCCGGGAAUGGGUGUUCAACCACCUGACAGUUCACCAAACCACAGGGGCAUUGUAUAUUGGAGCAGUCAACCGUGUGUACAAACUAUCAGGCAACCUGACCCUCCUGGUGUCCCAUGAUACAGGCCCAGAGGAUGACAAUAAGGCCUGCUACCCGCCUUUGAUUGUUCAACCGUGCUCUGAGCCGCUUGUUUCUACCAACAACGUUAACAAGCUUCUCCUUAUUGAUUAUUCCCAAAAUCGUUUGCUGGCCUGUGGCAGUCUCUACCAGGGUGUCUGUAAGCUUCUCCGGCUGGAUGACCUCUUCAUCUUAGUGGAGCCCUCACACAAGAAAGAGCACUACCUCUCCAGUGUCAACCAGACUGGAACCAUGUAUGGAGUCAUUGUGCCCUCACAGGGCCAGGAUGGCACGCUGUUUAUUGGCACGGCAGUGGAUGGCAAGCAGGACUACUUUCCAACCAUUUCCAGUCGAAAGUUGCCCCGUGACCCAGAAUCGUCUGCGAUGCUUGACUACGAACUGCACACUGAUUUUGUGUCAUCACUUAUCAAGAUACCAUCAGACACACUGGCACUCGUCUCCCACUUUGACAUCUACUAUGUGUAUGGCUUUGCCAGUGGCAGCUUUGUUUACUUCCUGACUGUUCAACCCGAAACACCGGAAAACAGCAUGUCAUCCAGCGGAUCUAGCAGCGAUCUCUUCUACACCUCUCGCAUCGUCCGCCUCUGCAAGGAUGACCGCAAGUUUCACUCCUAUGUCUCUCUGCCCGUUGGCUGUGUGAAGAACGGCAUUGAGUACCGCCUCCUGCAGGCCGCCUACCUCGGCAAGCCAGGCCGCGUUCUCGCUGCCUCACUUAACAUCAGUGCCCAAGAUGACGUGCUGUUCACCAUCUUCUCUAAGGGCCAGAAGCAGUUCCACCGCCCGCCAGAUGACUCAGCGCUGUGCGUUUUCACCAUCCGAGACAUUAAUGCACGCAUUAAAGAGCGCCUGCAGUCCUGCUACCAGGGAGAAGGACACCUGGAACUCAACUGGCUCCUGGGGAAAGAUGUGCAGUGCACCAAAGCGCCGGUGCCCAUCGACGACUCUUUCUGUGGUCUGGACAUCAACCAGCCACUCGGAGGCUCUCAGCUGGUGACCGGCCACACUCUCUACACUGAGACCCGAGACCGCAUGACUUCUGUGACGUCGUACGUCUACAACGGCUACUGUGUAGCGUUUGUGGGCACCAAGAGUGGACGCUUGAAGAAGAUUCGUGUUGACGGUCCUCCUCACGGUGGUGUCCAGUACGAGACUAUAUCUGUUGUCAAGGACGGCAGCCCGAUCCUGAGAGACAUGGCCUUCUCGCUGGACCGCAACUACCUCUACGUCAUGUCUGAACGACAGGUCACCCAAGUUCCCAUUGAGUCCUGUGAGCAGUACGGGACCUGUGGAGAGUGUCUGAGUUCGGGCGACCCACACUGUGGCUGGUGUGUUCUGCACAAUAUAUGCUCUCAGAGAAACCGAUGUGAGCGUGCAUACGAGCCGUACCGAUUCGCAGCUACCCUGAACCAGUGCGUGAAGGCCACCGUGUACCCGGACAGCAUUGCGGUGUCAGAGCCGAGCGUUCCUCUGCUCGUGAAGGUGAGCGACGUUCCGGACCUUUCUGCAGGCAUCACAUGCUCCUUCGGGAAUUUGACGGAGGUGGAGGGGCAGGUCAAUGGCAACCAAAUACUCUGCGUGUCUCCCGCUGCCAAGGACGUCCCCCUGAUUCCCACUGACCAAGAUUGGUCCGGUGUUGAGCUGAGGCUGAAUUCCAAGGAGACCGGUCAGAUGCUUAUCAGCACCGAGGUCAAGUUUUACAACUGCAGCGUCCACCAGCUGUGUCUGUCGUGCGUGAACAGUGCCUUCCGCUGCCACUGGUGCAAAUACCGCAACUUGUGUACCCAUGACCCCUCCAGCUGUUCCUUCCAGGAGGGACGAGUCAACUCCUCUGAGGACUGUCCCCAGCUGGUGCGCUCCGAGGAGAUUCUCAUCCCAGCAGGGGAGGUGAAGCCUAUAACCCUGAAGGCCAAGAACCUGCCACAGCCCCAAUCUGGCCAGCGGGGCUAUGAGUGCGUCCUCCACAUCCAGGGGGUCAGCCACCGGGUCACCGCCCUGCGCUUCAACAGCUCCAGCGUCCAGUGCCAGAACAGCUCGUAUCUGUACGAGGGAAUGAAAAUCAGCGAGCUGCCUGUGGAUUUCUCCGUGGUGUGGAACGGCAACUUCAUUAUUGACAACCCGGAGAAUAUUCAAGUGCACCUGUACAAGUGUGCAGCCCAGCGGGACAGCUGCGGCAUGUGUCUGAAGGCACAGAGGAAGUUUCAGUGCGGCUGGUGCAGUGGAGAGGGAAAGUGCACGCUGCGGCACCACUGCCCUCCCAUCAACCCCUACACCACCCGCUGGCUCAACCUGUCCAGCAAGAACGUGAAGUGUACCAACCCACGCAUCACUGAGGUGACCCCGGUGGCUGGACCCCCAGAGGGAGGAACACGAGUGACCAUCUACGGCACAAAUCUGGGUCUGGCUUUCUCUGACAUGGUGGGCAAUGUGGAGGUGGCCGGGGUGACGUGCACGCCGGCGGAGGACGGCUAUAUCAUCGCAGAACAGAUCGUGUGUGAGAUGGACCCCGCUCCGGCAGAGAGCCGGCCCGGCCCGGUCCAGCUGUGCGUCGGAGAGUGCAGACCUGAACUGAGGGCUCGUUCCACACAACACUACUCCUUCGUGACUCCAACAGUCACGGGCCUGUCACCCAGCAGAGGUCCAGAGUCUGGAGGCACCAAAGUAACCAUCAUGGGAGAAAACCUUGGCGCGGGCAGCAGUGUCAACGUUCAGUUUGGAAACCAGACGUGCGAGUUCUUCGGACGAACCAUGACGGAGAUCGUGUGCUACUCCGCCCCUUCUCUCUCCGGGGUCGGCCCGGUUCAGAUCAGCGUCAGCGUGGAUCGCGCCCAAAUCAGGGAGAGCCUCACCUUUGAAUACAUAGAGGAUCCAACCGUCCAACGCAUCGAACCCGACUGGAGCAUCGCGAGUGGUCACACCCCUCUGAUGGUCACAGGAACCAAUCUGGAUGUGGUUCAGGAGCCCAGGAUUCGAGUGAAAUACGCCGGCCGAGAGUCUGUCAAUGUGUGUAAAGUACUCAACACCACCAGCAUGAGCUGCUUUGCUCCUUCACUGAUGGCAGAAUACCAUCCGGGGUUGGACACUGUAAAGCAUGCGGACGAGUUCGGGUUCAUCUUCAACAACGUGCAGGCGCUGCUGGUCUACAACAACACCAACCUGCUCUACUACCCAAACCCUUCCUUCGAGCCGCUCAGCACCACCGGCGUGCUGGAGCAGAAGCCGGGUUCCCCCAUCAUUCUCAAGGGCAGAAACCUGGUUCCCCCAGCAUCAGGAGGGGUGAAGCUUAACUACACGGUACUGAUCGGAGAGACUCCCUGCUCCGUUACCGUGUCCGAGAGCCAGCUGCUGUGUGAGCCACCCAACCUUACCGGACAAUACAAAGUCAUGGUUCAAGUGGGCGGCCUCCACGUCUCUCCGGGUGCAGUUCACAUUAUGUCCGACAGCCUGCUGACCCUCCCAGCCAUCGUCAGCAUCGCGGCGGGCGGAGGUCUCCUCCUCAUCAUCGUCAUCCUCGUCCUGAUUGCCUACAAGCGAAAGUCUCGCGAAAACGACCUCACCCUCAAGCGCCUGCAGAUGCAAAUGGACAACCUUGAGUCUCGAGUGGCCCUAGAGUGCAAAGAAGCCUUUGCCGAGUUGCAGACUGACAUCAAUGAGCUGACAAGUGACCUCGACAGAGCUGGCAUCCCCCACUUGGACUACAGGACGUAUGCCAUGAGGGUUCUUUUCCCUGGCAUUGAGGAUCAUCCUGUCCUCAGAGAACUGGAGGUGUCGGGUAAUGGCCAGCAGAACGUGGAAAAGGCCCUGAAGUUGUUUGGGCAGCUCAUCAACAACAAAGUGUUCCUGCUCACCUUCAUCCGAACGCUGGAAAUGCAGCGCUCCUUCUCCAUGAGGGACCGCGGCAACGUGGCCUCACUUAUCAUGACCGCCCUGCAGGGGCGGCUGGAGUACGCCACCGAUGUCCUUAAACACCUGCUGUCGGACCUGAUCGACCGCAACCUGGAGAGCAAGAACCACCCCAAACUGCUGCUGCGCAGAACCGAGUCCGUUGCAGAGAAGAUGCUUACAAACUGGUUUGCCUUCCUCCUUCACAAGUUCCUCAAGGAGUGUGCUGGGGAGCCUCUGUUCAUGCUGUACUGCGCCAUCAAGCAGCAGAUGGAAAAGGGGCCCAUCGACGCCAUCACGGGAGAGGCGCGUUAUUCCCUGAGUGAAGACAAACUUAUCCGCCAGCAGAUCGAGUACAAAACCCUGAUCCUGAAUUGUGUGAAUCCGGACAAUGAAAACAGUCCGGAGAUUCCAGUGAAGGUGCUGAACUGUGACACCAUCACCCAAGUGAAGGAGAAGAUACUCGACGCCGUUUACAAGAACAUGCCGUAUUCUCAGCGGCCGCGCGCCGUCGACAUGGACCUAGAGUGGCGCCAGGGGCGAAUGGCUCGGGUGGUCCUGCAGGACGAAGACAUCACCACCAAGAUUGAAAAUGACUGGAAAAGACUCAACACCCUCAUGCACUAUCAGGUGUCAGAUCGCUGUGUGGUGGCUCUGGUGCCCAAGCAGACCUCAUCGUACAACAUCCCCUCCUCAGCCAGCAUAUCACGUACCUCCAUCAGCAGAUACGAUUCCUCUUUCCGCUACACUGGCAGUCCAGAUAGCCUCCGCUCCCGCGCCCCCAUGAUCACACCCGAUCUAGAAAGUGGUGUGAAGGUGUGGCAUCUGGUGAAAAACCACGAACACGGAGACCAGAAGGAAGGAGAUCGUGGAAGCAAAAUGGUCUCUGAAAUCUAUUUAACGAGGCUGCUAGCCACAAAGGGUACGCUGCAGAAGUUUGUGGACGAUCUUUUCGAGACGUUGUUCAGCACAGUCCACCGCGGGAGCACUCUCCCGCUCGCCAUCAAAUACAUGUUUGACUUCCUGGACGAGCAGGCGGACAAACACGGCAUUCAUGACACGGACGUGCGCCACACAUGGAAAAGCAAUUGCCUUCCGUUGCGUUUCUGGGUGAACGUCAUCAAGAAUCCGCAGUUUGUGUUCGACAUCCAUAAGAGCAGCAUCACGGACGCCUGCCUGUCUGUAGUCGCUCAGACAUUUAUGGAUUCUUGCUCCACUUCAGAGCACCGGCUGGGCAAAGACUCCCCGUCGAAUAAGCUGCUCUACGCUAAAGAUAUCCCCAAUUAUAAGAGCUGGGUAGAAAGGUACUACGCCGACAUCAACCGGCUGCCGGCUAUUAGUGACCAGGACAUGAACGCCUAUUUAGCAGAGCAGGCCAGGCUCCACUCCACCGAGUUCAACAUGCUCAGCGCGCUCAAUGAGAUCUACUCCUACGUUAGUAAAUACAGCGAGGAGAUCACCGCCGCCCUGGAGCAGGACGAGCAGGCGAGGAAGCAGCGGUUGGCCUACAAGGUGGAGCAACUCAUCGCCGCCAUGUCCUUCGAGAGCUGAGGGUGACCACUACUGAAAGAAAGAAGCAAAGACACAAAGAGAGAGAGAGAGAGAGAGAGAAAGGAAGAGGGGGAGGACCACCGUCUCUGCAGGACCUUUCUGAAAAAAGAUAAAGGUCUUGUGCUACUUACCUCUCGUCGUGGACGCUGCAGCCACGAACCAGACCCGGGACCUCCGUACGCACGACUGCUUUAGUUGGAAAUCCCCCAGCCUCCUUCAGUGACGACGCCAGUGAAGGGUCCACAGACAGACCGAGACAGCCGAUGCUGGCAACAGCAGAGGAGGCAGCAACAUGGCUUCUAUUUAUUUUCUUGUGUUUUGUCUUUUUUUUUUUCGCUCUCGCAGGACAUCGGCUCUGUUUGACAGGAAAUUGUACGUUGCGUGGGCGUGCACAUGCGUGGGUGUGCGUGUGAGUAGAGAGAGAGAGAGAGAGAGAGAGAGAGAGAGAGAGAGAGAGAGAGAGAGAGAGAAAGAGGGAGAUUUUGGAUUAGUUGCUACGUCACUUUUUCAUGUCGGGAGAAACAGAAGCUGAGAUAACAGAAGCCCAGAGUCAUCGUCAGUCGCUCUCCACCUGGAGCGGACACAGUGGUUUCGGACAAGCUCGACUCUCCUCCUCUUCCUCCUUGGUAGUUUUGAUGUGCUCUGCCUGUCGCUGUUGUGUGUGUGUGUGUGCGUGUGUGUGCUGUGUGUAGUUCCUGUGAGCUGAUACCAGGAGUUUCAACAUGGAUGCUGACGAUGUGACACAGUUUCUUGUUUUGAUUGCGUUGCGAGGCGUUUGUUUACGGGGAAGAGGUGCGACAAAGGGGUUAACAAAGGGGAUAUUGGGUUCCUCAUAUCACAGCGAAAGCUCAGUCUGGAAUGUUUUUGCUGAGAAAUAUCAAGCUGCUUUUUUUAGUGUGCCACCAUCACUUUAAGAAAUACGGAUGAUUAAAUGGUGCAAAUAGGUGAAUCCAAUCCUGCACGGUGCCGUCUGACCUAUUAUGAAACAGUAUUAUAUGCUUAAUACAACGUUAUAAGGAAGGGUGCACCGAUGCAACCAGGUGAACAGCACAGCAGCGCUGAAUCCACACUUUCUGUCCCCACAGGCGGGCACAAUCUCACAAAUGUGUUGACUACAUGCGUACUGUUUGUGGUUAAUUCUUAAAGUUGUGGGGAAGGGAGAACAAACACGAAUAAAGGAAUACACCGGUUUUUGGAGGCAGACGCACGCUGUUGUCACAUAACAAGCUGUGGCUAGUGGCACUUCUGUCAUGUGAUUUGUUUUUCGCCCCGCAGGGCCGCUGGGAUUUGGCAAAACCCUUCCCAAGACUCAUUUGUUUCUGCGUAGUUAGGAGAGACGGAGAUAGUGACGCAGUAGUUUCUGGGCUGGACUUCUCCUCAACCAGUACGCAGCUUGGGUCGCUCCCCCUCUCUCUCUCUCUCUCUCUCUCUCUCUGUUUAUCUUCCUCUCUUUUUGCCGGAGAGAGGGGGGACCGGCUGAAAGGGGGGGUUCGGAUCAGAGAGAGGGAGACAGAUAGAGGGAGAGGUUGUUUACCUUGUUCUCUUGGUGGCUCUGCUUUGGCCUCUCUCCAGUUCACUUCCUAAAGCUGCCGCAUCACGGGCCACCGCGCCAAAGCCGGGCUGUGAUUGGACGGGAGGAGCUCGUCGGCCGGCCGCACUGACCGCACGACAGCGCCUCAUUGGCUCGCAGCGAUCGAGUUGCUAGCGUUUGACGUUUGAUUGGUGACGUAGAUUUUCACAGAGAGGAGCUGUGGAAAAAAAAUAUGAUGGAUUCAAUUUUCAGCUUGACGGGAAAAGGUGUUUUAUGAAGCGUUUGGCUUGAAAUCCAGCAGAUGUUUGUGAUGUUUCUGUAUUCACUGGGCAGCAGGUUGAUCUCAGUGCUGAAGUUUUUGCUGAAGUGCUAUGUUUUACCAUUUCCUCAACUUCUAUGUCUGUUGAAGUCACCUUGCUAUAACUAGUAUUUAGUAUGCUUUGCAUUUCGUUACUUGAAAGACUUUCUAAAAUGUUAAAGCUUUGGAGAGAUUAUUUUUGGAAUAGAGCAUAUUCUGUCAUAUUUCAUGAAGUAAUAAUUUAUGCUUGAUAAUACCUCUUUACGUGUUAUUUCAUGUUUUUUAAUAUGCAUGGUGCGACUGGCUGGAUCAAUCUACCUCCUCGCUUCUGUUCACGUAUCCCUUUAGCUUUAUUAUGUUUACCUCCAGAUACUGGGCUGAAAUAUAUCAAAUGAUGUGAUCCAAUUUGAAGCUGAAGUGAAGCCGAGGUGUUGGCUGUCAGGUCCUGAGAGUGAGACUCGCAUCAUUAACUCCAAACUCACAUUCGUCAGGUCUGGU